CCCGCCCCUGCAGAGCUAGGCGCCGGGACGGGGCAGGUUUCAGUCUGCUGCCGGGAAUGUGAGGCUGUCGGUUCGGCCGUGCCCCGCGUUCGCCCCGAGCUUCCCGAUCGACGCCCCACGUCCGCCGCCGCCGCCGCCUGCCCUCAGCUCGCGCGCGCACGCGGAGGCCGGGCGGCCGGGGCCGUGAGGCGCGCGCGCGCGGUCGCCGCCCCUCGGAAGCCUCCGGAGCCGCACACGGGUUCGCUACGGAGGGAGGCGGGGGCCUGCGGGAGGAGGCGGAGGAGGAGCGAGGGAAGAUGGCGGCCUUGGAGCUCGAGUGGAUCCCCGAGACGCUCUACAACACCGCCAUCUCCGCUGUCGUGGACAACUACAUCCGCUCGCGCCCCGACAUCCGCUCCUUGCCGGAGAAUAUCCAGUUCGACGUUUACUACAAGCUUUACCAACAGGGACGCUUAUGUCAACUGGGCAGUGAAUUCUGUGAUUUGGAAGUUUUUGCUAAAGUUUUGAGAGCUUUGGAUAAAAGACAUUUGCUUCAUCAUUGUUUUCAGGCUUUGAUGGAUCAUGGUGUUAGAGUUGCUUCUGUCUUGGCCUACUCUUUCAGUAGACAGUGCUCUUACAUAGCAGAAUCAGAUGCUGCAGUAAAGGAGAAGGCCAUCCAGGUUGGCUUUGUCUUAGGUGGCUUUCUUUCCGAUGCAGGCUGGUACAGCGAGGCGGAGAAGGUUUUUCUCUCUUGCCUUCAGUUGUGUACUCUACAUGAUGAGAUGCUCCACUGGUUUCAUGCAGUGGAGUGCUGUGUGAGGUUGCUUCAUGUGCGAAAUGGAAAUUGCAAAUAUCAUCUAGGUGAGGAAACAUUUAAAUUAGCUCAGACGUACAUGGAUAAGCUGUCAAAACACGGCCAGCAAGCAAACAGAGCUGCCCUCUAUGGAGAAUUGUGUGCGCUCUUGUUUGCAAAGAGCCAUUAUGAUGAGGCAUACAAGUGGUGCGUUGAGGCAAUGAAGGAAAUUACGUCAGGCCUACCAGUCAAAGUUGUGGUGGAUGUUUUAAGACAAGCAUCUAAGGCUUGUGUAGUCAAACGGGAAUUUAAGAAGGCAGAGCAGUUGAUUAAACAUGCAGUGUAUCUGGCACGAGAUCAUUUUGGAUCUAAACACCCAAAAUACUCUGAUACACUGCUGGAUUAUGGAUUCUACUUACUCAAUGUAGACAAUAUCUGCCAGUCUGUUGCGAUUUACCAGGCAGCACUUGACAUUCGGCAGUCGGUGUUUGGUGGUAAAAAUAUUCACGUAGCAACAGCUCAUGAAGACCUGGCUUAUUCUUCCUAUGUUCACCAGUACAGUUCCGGAAAAUUUGACAAUGCACUAUUUCAUGCAGAAAGAUCCAUUGGUAUCAUUACCCACAUCCUACCUGAAGAUCAUCUUCUUUUGGCUUCUUCAAAGAGGGUGAAAGCACUCAUUUUAGAGGAGAUUGCAAUUGACUGUCACAACAAAGAGACGGAACAGAGGUUGCUUCAGGAAGCACAUGACUUGCACUUGUCCUCUCUCCAGCUAGCUAAGAAAGCUUUUGGAGAAUUUAAUGUACAGACUGCAAAACACUAUGGUAACCUUGGACGACUUUAUCAGUCAAUGAGGAAAUUUAAGGAAGCUGAAGAAAUGCACAUAAAAGCAAUUCAGAUUAAGGAGCAGCUUCUUGGUCAAGAAGAUUAUGAAGUAGCCCUUUCGGUGGGACAUCUGGCAUCCUUAUAUAAUUAUGACAUGAAUCAAUAUGAAAAUGCUGAGAAACUGUAUUUACGAUCUAUAGCAAUUGGGAAGAAACUGUUUGGUGAAGGCUACAGUGGACUAGAAUAUGAUUACCGAGGCCUCAUUAAACUUUACAACUCCAUUGGAAAUUAUGAAAAAGUGUUUGAGUAUCACAACGUUCUGUCUAACUGGAACCGGUUGCGAGAUCGACAGUAUUCAGUGACCGAUGCCCUUGAAGACGUCAGCAGCAGCCCCCAGUCCACUGAGGAAGUGGUGCAGUCCUUCCUGAUGUCUCAGAAUGUCGAGGGACCAAGCUGCUGAGGGACAGCCUCAGCUAACAAUUACCUUUUCCCAGAGUCUGGGGAAUUCAUACUGUGAAAUCAAAACCAUGUUGUUUUGGGGCUGGCAUUUGCAUUGAAACACUGGUCCAGUCCAUUGAAGACCCUAUUUCGGGUAGUCCUGUAUUGCAGUUCCUGUAGAAUAAGCAUAUAUUGAGUUAGAUCAGCAUGUGCCGCGUGUGUAAGUAGUCCCACGUUCUCACCCUAGUAGAACAACAGGAUACCUUUUUUUUUCCUUUUUAAAAAAUAAUUCAUUUUUCAGAAAGCCUGAAAGAAAAAAAGAACCCCUAAAUAAAACUAUUUAAGAGUUUAAAAGAGUUGCAUUCUUAUUAUGUAAGGAUGAUUUUAACAACUUUUAACAUGUAAUUCUUCCAUGUGGAGGUAUUCAAUACUGUAUUGUAAGGAAAUUUUAUGGAAAACUCUUUAUAUGCAGUAUAGAAAAGUAACACAGGUACUAAUAAAGGGGAGCAGGGGCGCCCUCACACAGCUUUGGCUAGCUUUCCCAGAUCAGUGCACACAGCCAUUCCAGAACUACAGUUCAGUGAGGACUGUCAGAUUCAUCUGACUGGACCAGUGUUGAUCUGUCAGUCACAGAACACCAGGUAGACCAGCAGUUCGAACUCUUUGUUUUUGGUACAGUGGUGAGAUGCUCUAAUAGUGUUUGCUAACAGGACCAGAAGGAUCUAAAAGGACCAGGCAACUGUGGAAGGUGUUAUUUGGACCAGAGGCUUUAGAUUAUUAUUUUAGUCACUGCACUUGCCUUUUCCAAUAGAACAAUUUGAUUUAGAUAGAGUGCAAAGUACUAAUGCAAGAGUUUUACUUGUAUCGCAGAUACAAAACUAUGGGAUGUGGACAAUGUCAGCGGCAAAUCUUUAGUCACGGUACGUGGGUGGCAGUGUCAUAAGCAAUUCUGUAACUGUCUGCUGCGGCGAUUUUAAUCCGCCCUAGUACUCCAUGUAGUUAACAAGCAUACUGACUAAGAGUCCUGACAUAACUCAUGUCCAGAUGAGAAUUUUAGGUUUAUUGUAUGGUUUGUGGGGAUUAAGAAGCUUGAAUGCACAAAAAAAGUCUUAGGAAGUCCUUCAUUUUUGUGGAAAAUAAAUACUAGUACAACCAGUCAUUUUAACUGAAAUCCAGGAGGCAAGUGGAAAGAUCCUCCUAUAAUGUCUUUUUCACUGAUUGGGGCUUUGUUGGUUUUUUUUUAAUUUUUUAAAGCUAGCCAGGUUAUUUAAUGUGGAGCUAAUAAUUCCUAAGUGUGACAUGUAACAAAAAAGAUCUUUUGCUGUUACCUCAAUUCUUAGCACAGUGGCCCAUCUCGUGCUUCUGUAGUUAAGAAUACGGGUUUCUCCCCUAUUUUCAGGGGUCCCUGACUUGGCCAUUAGAUACACUGCUCUUGGCAGUGAAUGCUUGGAGUAGUAUGUAGGUGAGUGGGUAUGUGUCAAAUUUUGUUCUUUUAGCAUGCUCGUCGAGUAAAGGAAAGCAAAGUUAUCAUGUAGAGAACAGAAACUUUAAUUUAGAGGCUUCAGGAUUUAUCUUAAACUUUUUUUAACGUCCCAAUUUUAACUUUGUUUGAAACUGCUAUUUGCAAUCAUAGUGUUAAGCCAGUGCGCUUAGGUCCUUAGAAGGGAACUUAAUGGGAGCGUAUCCCAGCAGGUGAGGCUAGCCCACACCCUGACACAACUUUGGGUUCAGUGACUUGAAUUUAUUGCUCUGUCUGAAUUUCUGAUUAAAUUCUUCAAAGAAUCAAUUGGUUCACUUGCAGUUUAUCCAUCUGCCCCCCUCCCCCUUAACUACAGUCUUGCCAGGUGUCACCUCUAUUACCCAAGGAGUCUGUGUGACCAAGGAGGAGUGUUUCCCAGUUACUCAGCUCGAGCCUCACAGGCCUAUAUAUUUGAUACCUCCAAAGACAUUUUCAGGAUAGGCUUUGUAUACUUUUAUUGGCUAUUUAGAGCCCUGUGGUAUGUUUGUGGUAUAGGAAUGUCAUGGUAAAUUGUUUUUCAAUAAAUAUUUUGAAACUUAAGUUUCCCCAUGAAUUAUUUUUAUUUAAUCUGAGUUGUUGGUGUUGUGCACAUACAGCAUUUUGCAUAGUCAGGUAACUUAAGGCUCAUCUUCCUCAGCUCAGUUCACACUUAACUCAUACUCAGUGAUGACAUUCUUUAGAAGUCUGUGAUCACAGAUAAUGUCAGAUGACAACCAGCCCCAACCUCCGGCAUCGCUGUUGUCAGUUUCUCCGUCUUACUACUCCUUCAAUAUGAUUUUCUGUAUCAUAAAAGUUAUUCUAAUGCCUACACUGUAGCAGUCUGUUUUCUUAAAUGAAAUGACUUGAUGUGUUCUGAUUCUAGUGAGAAAGCAAUACCUAAUGAUUUCAAGUGUGGGAAAUAUCCCUUUAGCAAGGAUACUGAGAAUGUAGUGAGAUGAAUGCCAUCAUAAUUUUACUUUUAAAACUUCGCUAAAGCAGGGUGUAAUAUAUUAUAUAUAUAUAUAUCUCCUCAGUAUUCCGGAGGCUGAGUGAGGCAGGAAGAUGUUAAGUUCCAGACAGCCUGGGCUACAAACAAAAAUCUCAAAGGAAAAACUAAAGUUUACCUCACACUUACCACAGCUUGCAUAUAAUUUUAAAUAAAGGCCUAUGAUCUCGUCCUCCCUUAAAUUCUCUUAUUCCUAAGCUUGGUGCUACUUGAGCGGGGCCACGAGGGAGCUCGUGCCUGUGACACAGCUGAGUUGCUAGCAUGCGGUUUAAUAGCACCAACUGGGUUUUUAGUACGUAAUAUUUAUGGUCCUCGAACUAGAUUUGGACUCUUUCUCCAUGGCUGUAUGCUGUCCUUUAAACACCAGCUCAGUCCCCUGCCUGGGAACCCUGCCUGCCGUGAGGAUCAGCCUUUUGUGCUGGCCACUAGAGGACCGUGAGGUACAGGAAGCUGCCUGUGAUGGCGCAAGGUUUAAUCCCAGCUACCUGGGAGGCAGAGGCAGGAGAAUCACUUCACAUCACCAGGGCAGCCUCUCAGACCCUGUCUCAAGAAUACAAUGAAGUGCAGCAGCUUCGAGCUUGGAAGUUCUGAGCUGCCAUUGGACUUGUCUUUAUAGAGCAAACAGCUGAGUCUGUGAUGCAAGCUUUGGGCCAAAACUUUGCAAAUUCAGAGAACAGUUUGCUAAGCAACAGGUGUUACUAACUGCCACUUUUUUUUUUUAUUUUUAUUUUUUAUGUUUUCCCCUAGGGUUUUUAGCCCUGAAGCUUCCAGUCUUCUUUUUCUGGAUGGCAAAGUUACUACUGGGAAAAAAAAAAUUAUUUAUAAUUACUGAUUUUUAAGAGUUUUAUUUUUGUUUUAAAGAUUAACACUUUGCCUCUUGGCUUUAGAGGACUUCAGAUUACCUGGAAAAAAAGAUUUAUCUUAAAUAGAACAUUUGGGUUAGUGUACAGAUUUAACAGUAGUAGUUCUUCUGUCCCCAGAUCUCAGGAAUGUUUUAGGCAGAAAACUGGCUUUUUCCCUGAUGGUGAUUUGAAGGAGUGUGCUUUAGAAUUUAACACUAUUGUUAAUUGCGGUUCUAGGUAUCUAGCAUGAGUGGCCUUAAUGAGUUUGUUGAAGUGCACAUGUUUUUCAAAAGUAAAAUUUAUGAUUAAAUAUAUAUGCUAUAUAGAGAUAUCUAGGAAACUUGGUUGUGGUGCACAAAAUGUUGGAUCACUGAAUUGCAGGUACCAUUUGUAUAACAUCACUCAUAUCUGUAUAUUCCUUUUAUGGGAAGACAUGUUGCCAUGGUGACUAAAACUUUUCAAUUUAGUUUUACUUUAUUAUGUGAAUGAAUGCUACAUUUUAUUAAAUAUUACCAGGUCAGUACUAUUUUUAUACCUUAUUAAGCAACAGGGGUUUUAGUUUAAUAGGUUCAAAAUAAACAAAACCCUUAAUGGAAUAAUUGCAGAUGAAUCACUAGCAUUCUUUACAUGAAAAUCCCCACUACUAGUGCCGCAGUAAUUUCUAUAGAAAUAUCGAUGGUCAGUAAUAGAUUCUGAAGACGGUUGAGUCAGAACGGCCUUUCCUAUCAUUCUCACCCACUUGUAGCACCCACCGUUAUUUGUAACUAUUAAGCCACACUAAGUAUGUUUGUAACCAGCAUUGUGAUAUAUUCUGUACUUGUAUUGCUAAAUGAGUUAUUGAUCUAAUAAAUAGAGUGUUCCUGCA